UUCAAGAUGGCGGACGUAUUAAAAUCUUGGGCUCUUCGUUUUUGUCUAGUGUUUUUUAUUGUAUUAUUCGUACUCGUUUGUUCUUCAUCCUCUGAGAAAAACAAGAACACAAAAAAGGACAAAGCUGCAAAAUCCAAAGAAAAAAUAGGAAAAAAUAUUUUAGAUUAUACUGAAGCUGAUAUGGAAAGGCUUUUGGACCAGUGGGAUGAUAAUGAAGAUGAUGAUGAUGAGAAAUAUGAUGAUGAUGAUCCACGUAAACCAAAACCACAGAUGCCAGCAUUUGACCCAAGCAAAGUCAAAGAUGACCCAAUGGCUUUUGUCAAAAUGGCCAAAAAAGGUAAAACACUCAUGAUGUUUGUGUCCAUUGCAAACAACCCAUCAAGGAAAAGAACUGAAGAUGUAACGGCAAGAUGGCAGACAAGUCUGCAUAAUGCACACUUACAAGUGGAAAGAUACAUUGUUGCUGAUGAUAGAGCAUUGUUCCUACUGAAAGAUGGCAGCAUUGCAUGGGAUGUGAAGGACUUCAUUAUCACACAACCAGAAUGUAAAAUGGUGGAAUUUGAGAACCAGAAAUUCCCUGGUGUGGGAGGAAAACCAUCAGACACUUUGAAAGAAAAGUCUGAAUUAUGACAAGGUGAAGUGCUCUUAAUACUUGACUUGGUAUAUAUGUUAAAAGUUGUUUAUAUACAAAGUCAUUCUUCGAGCCGAAUACCAUUUCAAACAUUUGCUUUAUGAAACAUAAUUUAUUCAAAUAACCCUCAUAUCAAAGCUUCUUUUCAAGUUUUUUUAAUUCACACUUUCUAUAUGAGGUGAGAUACAGUUGGCUUCUGUAACUGCCUAAAGAAUCAGUCAAGCAUCAAUAGAGGAUGCUGUAUUUCAAUUGUGUUCUGUGAGUUAGCCUGGCCCCGACUUAGAUCAGCCCAGAGGUUGCUUCAGGGAUCAAUCUGUGAGUUAGCCCAGCCUUAGAUCAGCCCAGAGGGUUUAUUCUGUCAGUUAGCUGUGCCCAGAAGUCGUUUCAGGGCUCAAUCUGAGAGUUAGCAGUGCUCAAACUUAGAUCAGCCAAGAGAUUGUCUCAGGGUUGAUAGAAAAAUUGGCUAUGGCUAUAAAUUACUUUCAUUGUAUUCUAGGACAUUGAGAAAAGGUCAAAAGCAUUUAUUUUAUCUUAAUGGCCAAUUGCAUUGUAUAUACUGUGUAGUAGCUUUAAUCAUAAAAUUAAAAUAAAUCAUUGGGCACUAAAUCGCCAUUGAAUCUAAACCAAGUUCAAAAAUACAAUCCACUUUCAUCCUUACAAAGUAAAAGUAAUCCUUAUUUUCUACAAGAACCUUGAUAAUUAUAAAUGAGUUCUAUUUCAACUGGGACCAACUUACGUAAUUUGAAGCUGAGAGAUUGUGAAAGCAUGGCUGGAAUAUGAUCUUUGGACCCCGAAUUUCUUACAAAAGAUCUGUUAAAAUAUCAGGGAAAUGUUCGCCAAGGACACAAAUAUUGAAAUACUUAGAAUUUUAUCGACAAUUAGAAGUAUUAAAGAAAAUAAAAAGAGUAUUUGGAAUGGG